AUGCACGCCUGGCCGGGCAGGCGCUACGGCUGUGACGCCAUCUUUGUUGUGGGCGGCAGCUCGCCGGCCUCUCCGCGUAGUCGGCGGCUAUCGCAGAAGUCCUGGCAGAUGCACGCCUGGCCAGGCAGGCGCUACGGCUGUGGCGCCAUCUUUGUUGUGGGCGGCAGCUCGCCGGCCUCUCCGCGUAGAAGGCGGUCGGAGCGGCUGUUUCUAACUGUUUCUAACGGCUGUCAAGAAGGCAAAAAGUUUUUCUCCCAGGGAGAGUGGGAAAAAGCAAUCACCUGCUAUACCAAAGCCCUGAACUUGGAUCCUAAGAGGGUGGAGCUAUAUGAACAGAAGGCGGAAGCUUUUCUUCAGCUCUGUGACUUCCAGUCUGCUGCCCUGCAUCUCAGGAAGGUCUAUUCCAUGACGCUGGUGAAGGAAGAAUGCCUGGUCCGCCUUGCCUUCAUCUUGUACCUGCAGGGGCAGAGUCUGUUUGAGCAGCAAGUCUACCUGGAUGCUUUGGAUUCCUUCACUCAGGCCUCCGAACUGCAGCCGAAAAAUAUCCUUUAUCGCAGGAGAUGCAUCGCUUCCCUCGCUGCCCUGAAAAGAUACAAUGAGUGCCUCCAGAUGGUCAACGAAGAGGUGGCUCGGGAUCAGAGGAACGCAGAUCUUUUCGUCCUCCGGGCUCGGCUCUAUGAUUACUUUGGGAAGCCUACCUCCUGCUUUUAUAACACCCAAGAAGCUCUCGCAAUAGACCCUGGCCUCACGGAAGCUCAGCUUUUGCUGGAGAAGUUGAGAAAGAAAGCUCAGAAAAACAAGGACCAGGCGGUGACCAAGGCACUGAAGGGAAACCUGCAGGAGGCGCUGCUGAAAAUCAACCGUGCCAUCGAGAACAUCCCCCUGGAAGCGGACUACUUCCUCUUCAGGGGGGCCAUUCUGCGGCGGCUGAAAGACUUCAGUGCGGCCAUCGAUGAUUACCUCCAAGCGGUGGAGAUCUGCAAAGCGGAGGAGGGAAGCCAGGUUGGCGCGGAAGCUCAGGCACAGGUGCUGCUGACGUACAAUGACUUCGCCGUCCACUGCUAUGCCAAGGGCUUCUACGAAGAGGCGGUUUUGCUCCUCAACAAGGCCAUCAAGGGGGAGAAGAAAGAGAAGGGGCUGUACAUCAACAGAGGAGAUUGCUUCCUGAAACUGGGCGAACUGAACUUUGCCAUAGAGGAUUACAAGCAAGCCCUGGAGGUGGGCCCCAUUGAUCCUGGCCUGCAGAAGCGCAUUGCUCGGUUGCACAAUGAGCUGGGACUCCAGGAGUUCAGGAAGAGACGAUACCCAGAGGCAGAGACGUAUUUCUCCCAUGCGAUUGAGAAUAACCCUCUCGAGCCCCAGCAUUACCUUCAUCGGUGCAAGACCCGAAUGUUUCUGCAGGAGGCGAUGAGCGCAAAGGAAGACAUUGUUACGGCCCUGCUCCUGAACCCCACAAGUGAGGAGAGCCACGCUCUUGCAAACAACCUCUUUCUGGGGGAGAACAUUCAGACUAUCCUUCAUAGUAAAAUUGCAGUUCUUGCUAAAGCUCGUUUGGAUCGUAGGCUGGAAGCCUGUCCAAAGUAUGACGCCCCGGCUGCUCCCGAGAGGUCAGUGUAA